CAUGUCAACGGACAGAGACAUGUGGGAGAUGCAAGAUCAUGGUUGCAAAAGCUACAUGUACGUCCAUCUAUAGUUAUGAAUUUAAAGGCAAAGGAGGACAACAUCCGAUGCUCUGUUGCCAACAUCACUGAGGCUGUCUCCACAAUUGUGAGUCACAGCUCCAAUGAUGAAUUCAGACAGAAGUGUUUCUCACUCCUGAAGGUACCAAACUCAACUGGUUUGGUAUCCAGUCUCUCCUCCCAGCUGCAUUCCAUCGCUCACCAACACAUGGGAGUCACACUGCCUGCUGCGACUUCAACUCUCGAGUCUUCUAAGAAGCUGUCUACCAGCUCCCAAUCAGCCUCUAGCCAGCAGGACGGGCAGCGUACACCCCUCAGUCAGUCCAUAGGAGCAGAGGGUGUUAGCUUUGAGGUACAUGAUGACUUCACUGAGUUCUCAGAGUUGGACUUCUUCGAGGGCAACAAUGCAACCAAUUCUUUGGAGACAUCCCAACCAGCCCCCGUAGGGGAAGAGGCAAUGGCAGGGUCAUCAAUUACAGAUUCAUUCCAGUCAGUCGAGGUCUUGCAGUCAACACUUGGAGAGGAUUGGUUUGACAAGGUCUUAGACAGUGAACUUUUCUUCAAUGAAAACUAAAAAUGGGUAGGCUCAGUCACCUUUCUGCUGAAGUAGCAAGUUAUUGCCAAGAGUGAUACACAGACAAUUUUUUUUGGCAAGGUUCAAGGUUGCCCAAAGCAGACCUCAAGGCUUUUGACAAAAGAAUGUUUGUUUCCUGUACAUUUGUUAUACCUGUAAAGCAGAUUUGACCUGUGAACUGCCAAAAGGGGAUAUAUGAUGUUUUGGAGAUGUAGUGACAGGCGUCUGCUGAUAAAAUUGUAGCUUGUCCAAAUCAAAUGCUGAAGGAGAGUGUUUAAGUCAGCACGGCUACUGUGAGUUUGCCUUAAAAAUGGCAUUGCAAUGGAAACCCUGUUUUAAACCUUGUUUUUGACACAAAUUCUGUUAAUUUCAAUGUGCAGCAUAUACAAUUAUAAUUGGAGCACGGAGAGAUGUCAACACAGCCAUUUAACAUUUCUUAGAUUUUAUCUGUGUUACCAGUUUCACCUCUUAUCCCAGAACUUUUUGAAGGUAUUAUCAGAACCAAGUGGGAAGUCUUUGAAUUGAAGCUUUGAAUUUGCGUCAUUGGGUUUGAUGUGCCCAUAGCAAAAUGGAUAAAAAGUGCCUGUGCUUCAUUGAGGCUGUUUAUUUACAAAUGAAAGUUAAGUCUCAUCCUCCCAUUAAUUUUUAAAACUAUGAUGGUCUUUAUCAAACUUUUUUGAAAAAGUAACAGAGGAUUGCAAAUUGUGACUUUCAGAUCUUCACUAUUUUAAAACUUAAAAUUACCCUUAUGUUAGCUUAAAGUCCUGGCAGGGCAAGGUUGUGGGAGGGGCACUUCAAACUUCAGGUUACUGUUCCUUGGCCCGAGUUUGCUGAGGGGAGAAAAGGGGGCUUGUUUCCACUGACUACUGGGGCACCCUAAAACAGCAUGGUCACACAACUUGGCCAACCAGCAUUUGCCAACGGUCCUUCCACAGCAAGCACUAGAGAGACAAAAAACUUGACCAGGGACAAAUGAAUGUGUAAUCCCUCCCUCCAACCAACUUGAUGACCUAUGAAUUUCCAGUAGUUUCCCCACAACAAAAAUCCCUGGCACAGGUUGGUGCCGGGAUGCCUCGCCCGCAAAACCCAAGCACAAAAGCACUCGACAUUUGGAAGAGAUCCGUCUGGCUGCAGCCCCUUUCCCCUCAGAAGUUUACAUGCAUCCCACCUUGCCAAGUUAUGAGUGUGUCGAGGGUGGGGGGAAGAGAGGGAAAAGAGAUUCUUUGCCAGGGAACGUUGUUGCACCGGUGAAGCUCGCCAGAUGAGAGUACCAGUGAAUACCAAGCUUUGUGUAGCCAGUGUGGCAAUGAGCUAUGAAUAAGCAGGAUAUGAGAGAUGAGAAGUGGGAGGGACUGCUGUCACAGUUUCCUUUCCUUAUGUCAAGAUUAAAGGGCAUAUUCAAACACUUGAAUGCCCACACUACUGAAUGAUGUGAAAUUAAUGGAUUGCCCAUCUUUUUUUGUUACCAGUUAUUACGUUUUAUUAUUACCCUCUGAUUGAGGUUUUGUUUUUAUCUCUUGACACAUGAGGGCACUGUUCAUCUUGAUUGGUUUUCUGUAAAACUUAAGCUUUCUGUAACUAUUUCUGGAGCUGUUUCCUUAUUGGAUCUGUGCCAUACACUAAGUCAAACAAAGAAAAAGGGAAAGAGUUAACUUUAGCUUCUUGUCAAAAGUUCUAGUGACCUUUUGCUUCCAAAGAGUGUGACAUAUACAAUAAAUCACAAAAAUUAUUUUUUUACACAAAAAUCAGAUGUGGUCCUGUAGCACCUUUAGAAGGUAAAGUGUGAAAAGGAAGGUAGAUUGGACACAGAAGUCCAUUUCAAUAAUUUGAAAUUCCUACCUUUUUUCUUUUUUAACCCCUGGAAUGCUCCAUGUUGUCCUCUGUGGCUAAAUGAGUAAGUUCUCAUCCGGUCCCAGUAGCCUAAAGGAGGCUGCACAUUUUUCACUUCCACCCCAUGUGCAAGAUCAAUCACAAUUGUUCUAACGAUCAAGUGUCAAGCAGGCCUCUUUCAUGUUGUUUUCUCUGUUUUUUUCAAGUGGCUUUAAAUGCUGAUCUCAUGAAGGAUGUAAGUAAGCAUCCUCAAGGAUUCAUUCCUUGUGUUGAGCAGAGCCACAAAAUUCAGUCCAGAUCACAUGCUGUGCCUACGUCAUGUAACUGCCACAAAUGAAAAUUCCUGUAGUCAAAAAAACUGAUCCAAACACAUACUUGUCCAAUCUAGGGCAUUUUUCAAACCUCAGUGUCAAAUCCCCCCCACCUACCCCUGGUUCAACGUAGCCCCAGUUUUGUGGGAAAAAAAACCAGUUGCUUAAAAUUUGAAGCCAAAUUGUGUUUUUGUUUGGUUCCCGCAGUAACAUUUGAAUGUGAUCCAAGAGUCUUUGUAAAAUAGCCCCAGUUCACUGCACACAUUUCACACACAUGUUCAGUACUAAAACUUGUUAUUUUCCUUUCCUAUGUGGUUUUUGUUGCAUAGCAUAAAACCCACACAACUGUGGCGGGUGAGGAAACUUUGCUCCCCACAAAGGUGCUUCAUAUGUAUAGGAUGAUGCGACUUGCAAAGGUUGUGUGAUGUCAUUUUGCUGUAUAUGUGCAAUACAGAUGUUAAAUCCAGAACACCUUAAUGAGGGGAUCAUACCAACAUGGAUGUGGCCUUCUUAUAUUAAUUUGAAUGGCUUGACUCAAGCUGACUGAAUAAAUUGGUGGAGAAUCAGAUGUUACAUGUGGAGAAACAGAAUCACAGAUGGUUUGACCGAACAGAAACUAAGAGUGUUAAUUGAUGGGUGUGAAAGAACUCCUGGCUUUCGUAGAAAUGAACUGUUCCCUCUGUUAGGCUUUUCUUGAUGAUCUUCCUAGUUGUCAUAGAAAAAAAGCAAUUUUUUAUUUGGCUCUAAAAUGCUUUGAGAGGUUUUCAAAGUGAUGCAACUUGAAUAGUAUUGAAGUCAGUUUUAUAUUGCAAGUCACUCCGGUUCUGUUUUUUUCCCAUGCCUUUCUUGCCCAUGUUAGUAUUAACAUUAUAUAUUCGGCCUUCAAAAUUCAUGCAAGAGUGCUUCAGUAUUUUUAUUGUUUGUGUAUGUUCAAUUUUGAAUGAAGAAACAUAUUUGUGCAGUUGCCAAAUGUUUAUAAUUAUUACAAAAGUUGUGCACUGAAUUUGUGUAAAUAAAAGAGUUACAGUG